CACUCAGAGAUGUGUGUGUGUGUGUGUGUGUAUGUGCAUGUGUGUGCGUGACGGCGGAUUCCCAUCACAACCAAGAUGGCGGCGGAGCGUACAGCCGGCACGGCUCGGUGACUGACAGAAGAAUCCUCACUCGGUUGGACAGCUAACGGUUACGCUCUGAGAGAGACAGAGAGGGGAGAGGAGAAAAAUACAUACAAAUUAAAAAAUAUAAAACUAUAAGAAACACCCGCACCGGUCACCUCUUCACCGAGAGCGGUGUAAUGAAACAGCACCGGUAGACGACGCUGGGCGAAGUUGUUUGUGGGGACCGAAUUGACGUUCACAAGCGGGGCAGUUGGCGGGGAUGGGAGAUGAUGGAGGACAAAGGCCCUCGUGUAGCAGACUACUUUGUUGUGGCCGGUCUGACGGACCCGUCCAAGCCGUUGGACCAGGAGAUCCACUUUGAUGACGUCUGCCACAAGACGGCCAAGCCUAAAGCACCCAUCACUGAUGUGGCUUUGGUGAUCCGCUCCAUAGGUGAGGAGGUGCCGCCAGGGUUCACUUGCAUAGAGACAACACCGACUGGCCAUUCAGCUGACCUCAACAAUGGCGGCCUCAUGGCACCCCAAAUCUUCUUGUGCUACAGGCGAGGCCGCGACAAGCCACCACUCACUGACCUGGGCGUCUUGUAUGAGUGGAAGGAGCGGCUAAAGCAGGGCUGCCACCUCAUACAGACCACACCCUGCGGUCGUCCAGCCAACAUCAGCGGGAAUUCGUCCCAGCGCAUCUAUGUCACCUAUCGCCGGGCGCCCGAGAGCCAGCCCCACGCCGCCCUGGCUGUCACCGACAUCUGCAUCAUCAUCCCGAGCAAGGGAGAGACACCUCCCCACACCUUCUGCAAAGUGGAGAGGAAUCUCAACAGCAGCAUGUGGGGCUCCUCUGUCUACCUGUGUUAUAAGAAGUCUGUGGCUAAAACCAACACAAUAGCCUACAAAGCAGGUUUAUUCAGCAGAUAUCCAGAGGAGGACUAUGAGUCAUUCCCAUUGCCAGAGUCUGUCCCACUCUUCUGCCUUCCCAUGGGGGCCACAAUCGAGUGUUGGCCAGCUAACACCAAAUACUCCCUCCCUGUUUUUUCCACCUUUGUCCUCACUGGAGCCUCUGGAGAGAAGGUGUAUGGUGCUGCCAUUCAGUUCUACGAGCCCUACCCGCUGGAGUGUUUGACCGAUCAGCAGCUCUCCCAACUCGGCCUCCUGAGCCUGGAUCCACACAAACCCUCCUCCUCCUCCUCCAACACUACAGCUGCAGCCACUGACAGCACCACCACCAGCAGCACAACCACCACCAACCCCCGCUCGGUCUACACCAACAAGUGUAUCUGUCUGCUCUCCCACUGGCCAUUCUUUGAUGCUUUUCGCAAGUUCCUGACAUUCCUCUAUCGCUACUCCAUUUCUGGCCCACAUGCCCUGCCCAUCGAAAAGCACAUUUCUCAUUUUAUGCACAAAGUUCCCUUCCCUUCCUCUCAGAGGCCUCGCAUCCUUGUGCAGCUUUCCCCUCAUGACAGCCUGAUGUUGAGCCAGCCGGUGUCUUCUCCUUUACCGCUCAGUGGUGGUCGAUUCUCCACACUGCUCCAAAACCUCGGACCGGAGAACGCCGUCACACUGCUGGUGUUUGCCGUCACUGAACAUAAGAUCCUGGUCCACUCAUUACGACCGGCCGUACUGACCAGUGUCACUGAAGCUCUGGUGUCUAUGAUCUUCCCAUUCCAUUGGCCGUGCCCGUAUAUUCCCCUGUGUCCCCUGGCGUUGGCUGACGUUUUGAGCGCUCCCUGUCCAUUUAUUGUUGGAGUGGACUCUCGCUACUUUGAUCUUUAUGACCCCCCGCCAGACGUGAGCUGUGUGGACCUGGACACAAACACCAUCUUCCACAAUGAAGAUAAGCGAGCCCUCACAUGGAAGAUCCUGCCAAAGAAAGCCUGUAAAAACCUAAUGAAUGUGCUGAGCAAUCUAUACCAGCAGCUGGUUGAUGGUCAGCACAGACCUGAUGGGCUGCUGGAAUUGAGCAUGAGUGAUUCAUCGGAGUUGAGCUGCGGCAAGAGCCUCCACACGCUGGAGCUGGAGAUCCAGGAAGCCUUCCUACGAUUCAUGGCAGCCAUUUUGAAGGGCUACCGUUCAUUCCUACGACCUAUCACCCAGGCACCGUCUGAGAAAGCCACAGACGCCAGUUCACUUUUUGACUUACAAGGGUUCUUGAAGAGCCGCGACCGCUCACACCAGAAGUUCUACUCACUGAUGACCAAGACCCAGAUGUUCAUCCGUUUCAUCGAGGAGUGCUCUUUUGUCAGUGACAAAGACGCCAGCCUGGCUUUCUUUGACGACUGUGUGGACAAAGUGGACAGUGACAGGCCGGAGGAGUCCAGGCUGAUAGAGAUUGAUGAAUCACAGCGUAGUGAGCACACGGUCUUCAUCACACCUCCAGAGCUGCCUCCUCUGCCUGAGGGGGAGGAAUAUCCCCUCUGCUACAGGUAUGACGGUUUCCCAGUGUUAAGUCUUGACCUGUUUGACCCCAUGGAGGGCCUGCGGACCCCCUCCUCCCGCCUCGCUGCCAGGCACAGCUGUCCCACCAGCCCCGCCCCCAUGUUUAGACGCACCAAACAGGAGAUCAAGUUGGCCCAGAAGAUAGCAAAGAAGUAUUCAUCCAUCCCUCAGCUGUGGUCCAAGUGCCUGCUCCGUCACUGCUACGGUCUGUGGUUCAUUUGUCUGCCGGCAUACGUAAAGGUGUGCCACUCCAAGGUGAGGGCGCUUCGCACUGCCUACGACGUCCUCAGGAAGAUGCAGGCAAAGAAACUGCAGCCCCCUGAUGAGGUCUGCUACCGGGUGCUGAUGCAGCUCUGUGGACAGUAUGGUCAGCCUGUCCUGGCAGUCAGGGUCCUCUUUGAGAUGAAGAAGGCUGGAGUCCACCCCAAUGCCAUCACCUAUGGCUACUACAACAAGGCGGUGUUGGAGAGCACGUGGCCCUCCAGUACCAGAGGAGGAUACUUUCUGUGGAUGAAGCUGAGGAAUGUCAUUCUGGGUGUGGCCCAGUUUAAACGUGCUCUACGACGACAUGCCCCCCACACCCAGAGCCCAUUGUCAGAUGGCAGUGACCUGGAUGCUGUGAGUCAUGGCAGCCUGGAUAGCUCAGCCGACACUAACCUGGCUGAGCAGGGCCCCUACGCCACUGACUCCGUCAAAGUAGACCCCACUGACGAUAGAUCUAGCACAGGAGAUCAGUCAGAUUUGGGUUAUAACUCACUGUCCAAAGAGGAGGUUCGGAGAGGAGACCCCAGCGCCCAGGACACCGCCCCUGACAAAGAUGACAAGAAGGAGAGCGACUGUAGCUCCUUGUCAGAGACAGAGAGCGCCAAAGGAAGUAAAGACUGCCUUCCUCAGCUGGACAUGGAAAUCCACUCCUCCUUCAAACCCCGUGGCAUUGUUCGUAGCAGCUGUUCAUAUGAGGAUUCAUCCUGUAAACCCAAGAGCUCUGCCAGCGCAGGCCAUGUUGCAGGUCUCCUCUUCACCUCCUCCCUGGAUGAGAUAGGCGAGGUCCAGUCCAACAGUUUGCUCAGGAGACAUAAGAGCGCUCUGGAGGAGGUGGUGGGCAGUGCCAGCAGCGCCUCUGGUCUCGACUGGCAGGGCGUGAGGGGUCGCCGUCUGAGUGGAGACACAGUGGGCAGCAGCGGCAGUGGCACCACUGUCCUUGGCCUGGGUAUGAGCCAGGGUGAAACUGACCCAGAUAAGAUCGCAGGACACCUGGGCGCAGAUGCCAAAAUUCUCUCUGGUGCCAAUUUCAAUAAAAGUAAGAGGCCUCGUUCGCUAGCUUUAGGUGGGCUAGAGGGGGCUGCCGCUAAAGCAGGCGCAGCCAGAAGUCUGGAUCACAGGGAGGAAGAAGAGGAGGAGGAAAUGGAGGGACAGGACUCCAGUGAUGAGGACAGAAAUAAUACAGAGGCCAUUUUUGAUUUUGAGGAUCUGGAUUUAGAUAAGCCUUCCACAGGGUCUGGUGUCCGCUCUCAUAAAACCAACAAACAUCACAAGAAACUUGUCGAACGCAGCGCCAGCUACGGUGCCAUGAGCUCUGUGACGUCCAGAGGGGCUGUUAAGCGCACGGGCAUCGAGAUGGGCUACGACCCUCUAUCACUGCUGGCAGCAGAGUCACAGUCUGAGCAGCGAAAUGAGGAUAGGUAUCCUGAAGGGGAUGACACCAGCACAUCGAGCGCCCGUAGGCACCUGGCCAGGGAGAUAGAGCUCUACAUGAACCAUAUGGGCAGCCCACUGAGCAGCCGCACCCCCAGUCUGGAACUGCAGGACCCAGUCAGCCCCCUCCUCCAUCCUUCCUCACUCUCUGGCCCCCGCAGGUCCAGCCUGCCCCACAGCUCCCCCCUCAGGACUGCUGGAGUACCACGCUCCCGCACAUACCACCCGCCCUCGCCCUCCCAACCUAUCUCACGCCAACGUCUGUGGUCGUCUCCUCCCUGUCGCAGCUCUAGCACCACACCCAGCCCCAGCCCCCGACCCAGCCCCUGCAGAGAGAGGACAGACAGGAUGAGCCUGGCGUCACCUUCACCCUCCUCCUCCUCCUUCGCUCUGGACACUCUGCUCACACCAACGUUGGACGUAUUCAAGACCAGUGUGUUCUCUGCUGGGAAGGGUGUGGCAGAGAAGGCAAGCCGCUGGUAUUCCCGUCUUGCCACAUACACCACACCUACCAAGGAUGGUCACAGCGACCGUAUGAGUGUGUCCUCCCUGGGUAUUGGAGAUCCAGACUGCUCCUCCCUGCUGGAUGAGGAGGACUGUGGGGAGUUGGAGAGCUCUGUGGUCUCUCCGCCAAGGAAUGGCCCUGUUGGCCCUGCUGGGCCUCGCAGGAGCCCCCGACGCAGCCCCCUCCGAAGCAGACUGGACAGCCCCCCUGCAGGUUCCAGCCAUGGGAGACCCACAUCUCUACUCCCUGGAUGUGUCCUCUCUCCUCCUGGUGGUUUCCCUCUGCCAGACAAGUCAGACCUCGGCUCGUCGCGCUACACCAGUAACACCAGCAUCUUCAACAAUUAUGCCAUGGAGCUGCUGAUCUCAAGCUGUUCCCGCUGCAAGACAUGUGACUGUCUGGUGUAUGAUGAGGAGAUUAUGGCAGGCUGGACAGCAGACGACUCCAAUUUGAACACCACCUGUCCCUUCUGUGGAAACCCCUUCCUGCCCUUCCUCAAUGUGGAGAUCAGGGACAUGCGAGGACCUGGCAGGCUUUUCCUGAAAGGCAGUCCAUCAGUGGACGAGGCAAUGACCUCAUCGUACUCUGCCUCAACAGGUUUGGACACAGGGACGUCCACGUUGUCCACACCCUGUCCUACAACAGCCGUCUCCCCUCCCUCCCCUGUGAUUGCUGUCCAGGAGUGUUCAGGAAGUGGAAGGACUCGACAAGCCCGGGCUCAAGGUAUCAACAUCCCCACAGAGCGCCGUCAGGGGUCGCUGUCCCCCGGAGCGCCUAUGGCCCGCAGCGUUAGUGUCUUUGGUCCUCUGGACGAAGUAUCCCGACCGAGCCGCUGUGUGCCAACAUCAGGCAGCCUGCCCAGCCGUCUCAACGAAACCACGGAUUCACUGAGCAUGGAGUGGCGACUCCACAACCCAGAGCCAGUGACGGUUCCCUACCUGAGCCCGCUGGUGCUGUGGAAGGAGCUGGAGAGUCUGCUCGAGAAUGAGGGCGACCCGGUGAUCACAGAGGCCGACAUGGUGGACCAUCACCCCAUCAUCUACUGGAAUCUGGUCUGGUACUUCAGACGACUGGACCUGCCCAGCAACUUGCCCGGUCUCAUUCUUACCUCUGAGCACUGCAAUAGGGACUCACAGGUUCCUCGUCACUGGAUGUCGGAGGACAGUAAACACGUAUUGAUCCAGAUCCUGUGGGACAACCUCAAACUGCACCAGGACCCCAUCCAGCCUCUGUACAUCCUCUGGAACACAUACAAUGUGGGUUACCCUCUGUCCCGGCCGGUCCCGGAAGAGGAGAAGCCAUUCAGCGAGGAGUUCCUGCAGAGCGUGGUGAAGAGCAUCCAGAGGAACGACGUCAACCGGCCAAUGGCUCAGCUGCUGCAACUACUAGGCCAGACACUUGGGGUCAAAAGGCAAAGGAGUUUGUACAGAGACAUCCUCUUCCUCUCUCUAGUGGCUCUGGGAAAAGACAACAUCGAUAUUGAUGCCUUUGAUCGGGAGUACAAGUUAGCAUACGACCGCCUCAUGCCGAGCCUGGUGAAGCUGACCCAUAACUGUGACCGUCCUCCCAGCACGGGGGUCAUGGAGUGUCGCAGGACAUUUGGAGAGCCUUACCUGUGAACACUCACCUUCAACACACCAGGAUCAACUCUCACCACCCACGUCAUUGCUUUAAGAUGAGCUCAGGAAACCUGUCAGAAGACUGUGAAUGUGCACUACCAUAACGUUUUGAGAAAACUCUACAAGUGAUCAAAAAGGUACAGUCGACUGUGGUCAGCGUUAUGUAGCCCGACAAACAAACAAAAACUUUAUCUCAACUAAGUGAUAAUGGAAAUACCAAUCACACGUUCAUAAACACCACUUCACCCAGUUUUGAGUGAAACUCACCUGGUUUAUGUGGAAAUCCUGUGAAAUUGAUACAAAUCGUUAAAACACAACAGCAGAGGAUUUUUUUAAAUGCAGCAUUUAUAUUGUAUAGUCACACAGUAUAUGAAGACUAAUGUUAGCAAUAUUUUAACUUGAAGUCUAUUUAUACAAAGUCAGCUUUAUUUAUUGCUGUGUCUCCUUUUUGUUGGGCAUAGUGUUUUGUGUCCUAUAGUCACUGGGCGUUGUUGUCUCACAGUAUAAACCAGGACAUCUUGAACACCCACUGCUCAUUUCCACCAAUAUGUGGAAAACAUGUUACAGAAUGGAUGUAGUGUCUCUUGUAAAUAAUGACUAAGCUUCUGUGAUUUAUGAGUUGGGGCAUGAAUUUAAAAAAAAAAAACAACAUUUAAAUUAGAGCUGCAAUGAUAAGUCAAUCCACAGAAAAUAAAUCUGGUGUUUUGAUAACUGAUAAUUGUUUCAGUCAUUAUUCAGGCAAAAAUACCAAAUAUUGUGCUGUUGAAAUUUUCUCCAAACUCCCACCCAAUUGGUCGAUAUGUUCUUAUUGGUUGGACAAUCAUUGGUGUUACCUCCAUAAAGGGGUAAGUUCUAUGUCAAAAGCCUUCCAAGAUGAAUCCAUUAAUACCUAUUUACCUGUGAAAAUGGUUUAAGGUCGCCCAAUGUAAUGGAGGCUGCUAGGUCUAUUUAAUGUUUACUCAAACUCGGCUCCAAAUUAAUUGACUCUAUGUCAAAGAAGUCAGUGUUGUUAAAAUGGAUGACCAAAAACUUGAGUGUAAACUUUGCAAACAGCAGUUUGCAUGUUACAGCUCAACAAUGGGCCAACUUGUCUGUUAUGAUCCUCCAUCGACUUUUGCUUUGAUAGCGUGCAGACCUUUUUUUUCCUGCAACUAAUCGAUUGGUUGAGAAGUAAGUAAGAUUUUAGUCGACCAAGAUUUUCUUUGGUUUACUACAGCCCUAAUUUUUUCACUGUCAACAUUUCAUGGACAAAACAAUGAAAUGAUUCAUUAAAUCAACAAAAUAGUCAGCAGUUUAACCAAUAAUGAAACUAAUCACUAGGUGCAGCUCUAAUUUAAAUUUGUAAAACCACUUUUUAAGCUGCCUUCAAUGUUAAAUGCUUGCUGUGCGCCACCACCGGUACAAUAGUGCUCUAUCAUUAAUUUUAUUUCAGUGUAAAGUUUGUUCCAUAACAACAAUAUAUGUUAGGCUUGUUUACAUUUUUUUUUAACUUUAAAUAACUCAUCAUCAUAUGAACAAUUCUUUUAAGUUUUCUUCACCUGUGGAACUCUGCGCUGUUUGUUAACAAAGUAAAUGUCAAUGUUACUGUUGAUCAUCUUUGUGGUAAAUGUGCUGACUGUUAGGAUGAAAGGAGGCUGAUUGAGAGACAUAGACCUGUGAUCAGUUAAUUAAUUUUUAACUUUCAUUAAUUUCUCUGGAGAGAUGAAUUUAAGGUUGGGAGGGGGCUCACUACCGUAUGAAUGAUUUUGUCCUGAUAUGUAAAAGCUGCUCUGGAAAAAAAAUACAAAACCAAAUAGCGGCACAGUCACUUUUCUGUAUGUGGUCACUGUCACUGCUGAUCAACAAGUUAGCAGUAGUUUUGGCCAUAAUUUUUGUUAGUUAAUACAAAAUAAAAUAGCUGACGUUGUCACAAAUAAGUCAGAAGGGACAAGAAAUAUGCUGGGGCUGUUGCUCUUGUCAUUAGCUUAGCUGCAUUUUAGUUUAGGAUUGGUUUAAACUGGAGAUAUCUGGAUCAAAGUCACAGUACCACUUAAAUCCCAUCGCUGUGAGUCCUAUAGACAUCACCUAAACUUCUGCUGUAGACCAUCUAAUGUGUCAUUGUAAAAUCCCAUGGGUGUUUAACAGCCUCCUGAAGGUUUCUAAAGGACCUCUAGAACCCUCUCACUGACUACUAGAGCACCUAAUACUGAACCGUGUCAUUGACCACUAAAACAUCUAAAGCUAUAUGUAAAAACUUCUCCAUGACCAUUAGAAGCCACAAAAGACCCCUUGAAACUCUAAGAGGAUCUCUAGAACCUUCACACUGACCACUACAACCUCUUAAAAGGACCACUAGAACCUCAGUGACUACUAAAACCACAUAAAACCAUCCAGAACCUCUUCAUUGACUACUUCAAUCUUCCAAACAACCUCUAGAACGACCUCUAGAACCUUCCCAUAGACCACGAAAAUAUUAAAUCUUGAUAUCCUGCACAGUAACCACUACAACCUCAUAAAGGAUCCCUAGAACCUAACAGAAAACAAAGCAGAUCACAGUAACACCAGCCACAAUGCAACAGCACACAUAAAAUAAUAUAAACACACAGCAGUGAGGUCCCAUUUAGCAUGAAGCUGUUUUAAACACCUGCAAGUUCUGAAUUAGCAGGAUCUGUUUUUAACUGCAGCAAAGCCUGUAAAAGGCUUAGUGACAGAGCAACAGCCCUGAGGAGUCAGACAACUGUACAUAUCUGUUUAUGUUGAUGCUUUUAUGGUACAAACUGUUAAACAGCCUCUAGUUCUACAGCCACAUAUCCGAAUGUUAAUGCAGUCAUGUGUUAGGCCUGUGACAGUAUUGAAUGACUAUCUCAGAACCUCUGUUGAGUCUAUGAGUGCGAUUUUUCGAAGUUGCAUAUUGAGAUUCAGUUAUUUUUAGAAAUGUUUUUUGUUGUUGUUUUCACUAUCAAAUUUCUGCAGAUACACAUUUGCAGGUUCUGUAAAAAACCAUAAAGGAAUUCUAAUGUGAGUGCAGCAUUUGUUGUCUUAAAAUCUGCUUUUUGAGCACAUAACACAUUAGAGCCACAUCGAACAUUACUUCUGGAUCCCUCUGACUCUACUCACAUGCAUAAAAAGUGCAAAAAUGGCAAAACUGAAGCCAUCAGUGUUUAGAUUUUUUUUUAAAAGAAAAACAAUGUGGAGGCACUGAACUAGAAGAGAGAUCAGAUGACGUCUUAAAAUAUCCUCUAAAGCCCCUUUACACUUGUGAUUUUGAGCUGUCUGAGACAAAAGUUGGGUUUUUCCCCUCUAAGCAUUAUUCAAAAUGGCACAUGGGCCAGUGUAUUCUGUGUCCAUUCAUGUCAUAUUUAAAUUGGGUAAUUUCUGGUACGUUUGAAUUUUGUGUAGGUUAUUUCUGGUCAUUGAGUGAACCCUGGUCCUGUUCCAGUCAGGAUUCUUGGAAACUUGGUGCCUAAUCUAGCAAACAAGUCUGUGUUUCCAUAUAUUUUGAGUGGAACCAUCACAAUCAAGGGAGCGAUGGUAUUCCAGAAAGCACAAAAAACCUCCUUCCAACCUGUAGACACGAUGUCAUCACAGUUCACAUCUGAAAACCUACAGUUGUUUUGGUUCCAGCCGGUAACCAACUUUUCAGGUUCUAAAUCAAUUUAUUUUUAGUCUAAAUGCUCUGAACAGUUCAAAAUUUGACGCACAAACUGGAAGAGAACCUGUUCUGAGUUGGUGGAAAACAGAAUCUUGGACAACUAUUCUGGAUUGAUAACCAAAGAUUUUACCACAUUUUUGUCUCAGGCAGCUGAAAAUAACACAGUGUAAAGCCUUUUGUGAUCAUUGUCAUAUAGUCUAAAAGCGCCUUAUGGGGAUGGACAUUGGUACUAACCACAAAAUGAAUAGGAAGUAAAUCAGGACAUAGGAUUCAGAGAGAUUUGCACAUGUGUAACCUAAUAUUUGCAAAUGUUCAUAUACUGAGGUUUGUAAAUGUGUUGAAAAACAUUUGUUUUGUUUUGGAUGCACAUACAAAAAAAAUCUACACAGUUUAAGUUGUGAAUUCUGUUUGAAUUUUGUUGAAAGGAGUAAAACACAUAUUCAUCAUGGGUUACUUUUAAGUUUUAAAGACUGAGAUUCUGUCAGAACUGGUUCUUGGAUAAAAACUCAUCAGCGCCAAAACAUAUUACUUGAUGUUGUCAUGUGUAUAUUAAUCAGACAUGACUGACAGACACAAUAGUUGAAGGAGGACCUCAUCUCAAAACUCAAGAAGGUCUUAUGAACGUCAACCGUGUGUGUGAUCUGUGGCAGAGGAAACCAAUACUGGAAAAGUCAGCAAUCUGCACUUUGCCUCUGGAAAGUGAACUGUUUGCUUUCAGCCUGAAAAUCUCAUCGACCCAGCGGGUCCAGGAGAGGACACAUCGACUACGAUGUCAGCAGCUUGGAAAAGCUGCCAUCCAUCUGUGGAUUUUUGUUGUGUGUAGAAAAAAAAAAAUUACAAAAUGAAUGAUUUUGCAAAAUCUGGGCCAUGUAAAUUUUAUCUUGUCCUUUGUAGAAAUCACAUUUUAUAACAGGUUAUUCACACAUGUGCUUAAGUCCUUUUAGAUGUGGUGAAGGUUCUGUACAGCGACCAGAUCUAUGGGACUGUUAAACUGUAAAUAAAAUCACUUAAACUCUA